CAAACAUUAUGCGUUAAUUAAAGUGAUUAAAAAAUAAUUUGAUUUUUUCGAAUUCAAUAUUUUAAAAUUUGUUACUCGAGAUUUCAUAAGAUAAGUUUAUUUUAUAUCUUAUGUCUUUGUACUUCGUACGUAAUUUGUCCAUGUUUCUACUUUGUCCAUGCCUGUUAAGUUAGAUCGCAAAUUGAAAUAUUUAUCUUGAAGAAAAUAAAGAAAUUUUAAUCAAUCGUAUGAUUAAUAUUUCUUUUAAUUUACAUUUUUGUAUUUAUUGAAUCUGACAAUAUAUAUUGCAUCGUUGUACUCUUUUGAUCACAAAUUAUCGAUUACAAGUGAAUCGUACAAUGAAAGCUUAUCAACCGAGGGAAAACAAGAUCAAGAGGAUUCCUAAGUUAUCAUAUACCGUGUGCAAGUUUUACGUUACGAAAUAAACGUAAUAACUGGAAUGAAAUCAAUAUUUAAUCAUCAUUAUAUCUUUGUACACAACAAUAUAAUCCAAUUUAGUCCAAUUAUUUUUCCCUUAAAAAUUUCUAUAUUAAAUUCGAAAGAAAUUAAAGAAUCGAGAAAUAUAUAUAUUUGAAAUAAGAAUUCAUUUAUUAAAAAUGAAUUGAAAUUUUUUUUCAUUCUUACAAAUGCUAUAGCAGAGCAUAGGACAUUGUGGCGUUAGGAAAACGAAUCGCAAGAUUAACAAAGAAUCCCAACGAGAAAAGAGGUGUUCUCGUAGGUGUGUUGUCGAAGCACAAAGCUCUGUAGUAUUAAGAGAAGGUCACCAAUGAUUUUAAGGCCCCGCCUACCGUGCAGUGGUUGGAAGCAACCCCUAGUCAGGGUAGCCCGCGCAGGGCUGAUUUCUCUACCACGUUGUGGGCGUAGACGUACCAUAGACACAACCCCCGAUGCAUACACCCCGUCUUUUCACUGUUCACUGAGAUCAAAUCACUCGUCUCAGUUCUAUCUUUGAUCUUGACGGUGCAGUAACGUGACUUUUAAAUUACGGGACUAAGUUCGUGUGAUCUGUUCGGCCUGUCGAUAACCCGUGACAUUUUCGUGAAAUCUGUGACGAACGCUUUUUGGAAAAAGCACAAGUUUGAAAGGGGGGACGAGAAUGAAUCAGGAUCAAGAAGUACCAGCCACGACAACGGAUCUGACCAGACUGCCGAGCGAGGAAUUCAACAGGCUAAACGAGCCGCUUCAAACAGUUGCCACAGGAUAUUGUCCGACGAGCUAUCCCGUGACGCAGUCCAACACCGAGGAGAAGCUGCAUCCCGAAAAUGAAAUAUACCCGACACAGGAAUAUAGACAAGAAUCGUGGCUUCAAGAUGGUAGCAGCUGCGAAACGGAAGACAGCGAACAGUACGUGCCGGAGUUCCAUCGUAUGUCAAACGUGAAACAGGAAUCCGCCAAUUGCAGAAGAAUCAACGACACUAAUUAUUCGCAGUAUCAAUCGGUGAACCAAAGUACCACCUUCCUCGACCUCGAUCCUGAGAAUCGCAAUAAUUGCUUCGGAAAUAGUAAGAUGAAUACGCGGACGAGCGAAACCACGAAGAGCGUAGCGGUGAAGGAGGAACCAGCGGACAGGGGUUACGGGGAGGCGAUAACCGUGGCGAAUAUCCCCACGUCGACGGCCCAGGACACUCGAAGCGGUAAUAGCAUGGUUUACCAACCGCAAUACGGAAACGCGAGAGGUUCUCCAUCGCCCAGUCGACCAGCCAGCACCUCGUCCGCCGCUUCCCAAUGGCAAUCGGCGGUUCCGGCCUCGGGUGAAGCUUUCUUCCCGCGACAAGAGAAUUGGAGCUCGGAGGUGUACGGCAAGAGGAGCGUGACUCCCACGUGGACCGAGCUAGGAGUUCAGUUGGACAGUAGGAAUCCGUCGUGGGAGAGACAGAGUAGUAACUGUUACCAGAAGAAAGGCUCUCCUACCUCGUGGAACGCGGAUUACGCCGGCAAGAGACCAUCCUCGACGACAGGAGUCUCACCUUGGAGCGAGAUGUCGGUCGGGUAUCAACAGCAACGUAGAGGUUCUCUGCAGCUGUGGCAAUUUUUGGUUACUUUGUUGGACGAUCCAGCGAACGCACCUUGCAUCGCGUGGACCGGUCGUGGGAUGGAGUUCAAGCUCAUCGAACCGGAAGAGGUGGCUCGUAGAUGGGGUGUUCAAAAGAAUCGACCGGCGAUGAAUUACGACAAAUUGAGCAGAUCGUUGAGGUACUACUACGAGAAGGGUAUAAUGCAGAAGGUAGCGGGAGAAAGAUACGUGUACAAAUUCGUCUGCGAUCCGGAAGCGCUCUUCAACAUGGCGUACGGAUCGUCUGCGGGAUCGUCCGGGCUUCCCAGCGAAGUACAAAAUGGUGUUCGAAGUCAAUCGAUAUCCGGGAAAAUAUCGUCGUCGAACGAUGUGUCCGAUAUAUCGAAACAUCCUACCGCUGGUUACGGUGACGCGGUCCUUGCUAUGUACUCGAACACAGCAGCAGUGUACGGGCCAUCGAGUUUGCACCAUCUGCACCAAUAUCUCGGUGGAAACGAGGGUUUCAAAGCACCAUCGAACAGAUACCAUUCUCAUUAUUCGCACGAGUACAACAGCGCCCAUCAUCAUCCGCCAUCGAGUUACGCAGAGACCUUCCUGAACUACGGUCGUUUGUCGUCCCACGACGCUCCGACCGAAUCGAGGAGCCAAGAGCUCGCGAGGAUCCCGUAUCCCGCGCAGGAAACGUCGGAAGGUAUCGGCCGAGAACGGGAGACGUCAUCGAUUUUGUACGACGGUGUGCAGAGAUCGCAAUUACCGGCCGCUUCUACGCUCUCGCAGCCAACCUUGCUAGACGCUACCACCACCAGCUCCAAGAUCGAGCAAACUUCUUACGCCUGCCUCGGUGUGGGUAGCUGCGUCUGCUGAAUCUGUUUCCAUCUGUUACCGAAAGACGGAAAGUCGCCGCCUUUCCGACUAAAUAUCUAUAUCAUAGUCGUCGCCCCGUACUCCGUACGCGUUCUACAUUUGUAUAGGUGGCAUGUGUACAACGCGUGCAGGUGUUAAAUGGAACGCGUAAUUUGAAUUUCGACGAGGCAUGCGUUUAUCCAUGAUCGCACGAUGCUUCUAAUUUGCGAGAAAAUUAGAAGCAAUCUGCGCGCACCGUGUAAACAAUUUGAAAUUCCUUGCGAAAUGUAUAGCGUUGUUGAGCGAUCAUAGAUAAUUGUAACGAUCAAGAAUUGAAUUUGCGGGUAUCGUGAAUCUUGUAAAUAGAGAAAUUUGAAGGCGUAACGAAAAACGUUAAAAAUCGAGCAAUCCCUUCACCUCUCUCCCUCCCCCCUCCCCCCACUCCUCGCCCUGUAGGGAGAUCCAAUCGCUUGUGAUCGUUGUUACAUGCCCGUGUCCGAGUAGUCGAUCAGGAUACUGUAACUUCUGUAAAUAAAUCGAAUAAAUCUAUUGAAACAAUCUC